UCCACCCCGGCCUCACCUCCACCGAGCGGGCGGGUCGGAAGGCACGUCGCCUCCAGGCGCCGCCGCGCCCCACCGACUGCGUCAGCGAGCGGGCGACGAACAUGGCGGCGUCCGCGGCCGGCCUGAGUGGCGGCGCGGGCCCCGGGCCCGAGGCUGGGGACUUCCUGGCCCGCUACCGCCAGGUGUCCAACAAGCUGAAGAAGCGGUUCCUGCGGAAGCCGAACGUGGCGGAGGCGGGCGAGCAGUUUGGCCAGUUGGGCCGCGAGCUGCGUGCCCAGGAGUGCCUGCCCUACGCGGCCUGGUGCCAGCUGGCCGUGGCGCGCUGCCAGCAGGCGCUCUUCCACGGGCCCGGGGAGGCGCUGGCGCUGACCGAGGCCGCCCGACUCUUCCUGCGGCAGGAGCGCGACGCGCGCCAGCGGCUCGUCUGCCCGGCCGCCUACGGGGAGCCGCUGCAGGCCGCGGCCAGCGCUCUGGGCGCCGCCGUGCGCCUGCACCUCGAGCUGGGCCAGCCGGCCGCCGCCGCCGCCCUCUGCCUCGAGCUGGCCGCCGCCCUGCGCGACCUGGGCCAGCCGGCCGCCGCCGCCGGCCACUUCCAGCGCGCCGCCCAGCUGCACCUCCCGCAGCUGCCCCUGGCCGCGCUGCAGGCGCUCGGCGACGCCGCCUCUUGCCAGCUGCUGGCGCGCGACUACAACGGCGCCCUGGCCACCUUCACGCGCAUGCAGCGCCUGGCGCGGGAGCACGGCAGCCACCCGGUGCAGCCACCCCCGCCGCCGCCGCCGCCGCUGCCCCCGGGACAGCAGGUGGGCCCCGGCGCCGCCCCGGCCGUGCCCGCCGCGCUGCUCCCUCCCAGCGCCGCUUCCGCGCCGGGCGCUUCCUCUCCCGCCACGCUCGGAGCCUUCGCGGACGUGUUGGUCCGCUGCGAGGUGUCCCGCGUGCUGCUGCUGCUGCUCCUGCAACCGCCGCCUGCCAAACUGCUGCCGGAGCAUGCCCACACCCUGGAGAAGUACUCCUGGGAGGCUUUCGACAGCCACGGGCAGGAGAGCGGGGGCCAGCUUCCCGAGGAGCUGUUCCUGCUGCUCCAGUCCUUGGUCAUGGCUACCCACGAAAAGGACACGGAAGCCGUCAAGUCGCUGCAGGUGGAGAUGUGGCCGCUCUUGAGUGCUGAGCAGAAUCACCUCCUUCACCUCAUCCUGCAAGAAGCCGUCUCUCCCUCGGGACAGGGCAUCUGAUGAAUCACUUCGACCAAGUGACUUUGGGCUUGUGGCAGAACUUCGUGCACCUGCCCUGGCCUUUGGGGCGAGGGGCGGUGGGGGGCGGUGCGAGCGGGCGGCGGGGAAGGAAAGGGGGUCCGAAUAAAAGACAGGAAUCCUAGCA